AUGGAUAGUGGUUAUUUAAAUCAAGUUAAAGCCAUACUUAAAUCGCUGGUCAUAUCAUGUCCCGAUAAAAUAACCAUUGAUAAAUUAAAUCGAGAUUAUCGUGAAAUUGAGGGACAAAAUAUACCCUAUCGCCGGUUGGGCUAUACAACAUUGGAACAGUUUCUGAGGCAAAUCCCGGAUACAUUGGUUGUUGUUGGUAGUGGCCAAUCGGCCUUGGUUUAUUUUGUGGGCAAUGACAAAUCGGCUCAUAUCCAUGAAAUGAUAAUGACCCAAAAGAAAACUCGACCCAGGACAAGAUCGAAAAACAAUGCAACGCCAAAACAAUGUAACCUGAGACAAAAUAAUAAGGCUUGUUUUCAAGGUCGCCGUAUAGCGCAGGGUCAACAAUUGUCACCAUUUCAGAUUACCAAUAGAAAUGUUUCCACAUCACAGAUGGGAGGUUAUCAUCCACAGGGGAGGCCGCCGGUACAAGUGCCACAAGUUCCCAUGUAUAAUCCAGUGCAACAGGCUAUUAAUAAUUCAGCCAUGGUUCAUAAAUAUGAAGAGCAUGUACAGCAAUGGAAAAGUUUAAUGCAACCAAAAAUAUAUCCACAAGCCCCUAUGAUGAAUUGGGUGGCAAAAGAGCCAAUUCAAAAUCGAAAUAUGACAGAAGACAAUAAUAUUAAAAAAGAUCAGCAGAAUGAAAUGCCUCAGGUACCACAUAAUGGACAAGAGGCAAGUGAUCCGGAUCCUACUACACCAAAGACCCCAGCUGAAGUAAAACCACAUCCUACCCAAUCUCUUACAAAUGAUUCUCAAAAAAAUCCAAACCCCAAGGAAGUUGAUCAGAAAUAUCAAGAGCAUGUUAAACAAUUGGAAAGCCUAUUGGGUUCUUCAUGUCGUAUAACAACUGAACCACCACCCGCAACACGAAAAGUCACUUUUUCAAAGGAUAUUGAAAAUGAUAUAAAAAUUACUGUGGCGGAUAAAAAUUCCAAUGAAUCGAGGGUCAAUUUGACCAAUGUUAAUCCACCAAAACCCAAAAUAAAACUAUCGGAACGUAUGGAGAGAAUAUUGAAUGCAACUGCACCGCCCAAAAAACUUAAUCCAAUAGAAAAUUCUGAAAUUGGAAAUGUUGAAGUACUAGAGGCCGAGGAAAUGAAAUCACCCACCAAAGUAACCAAGAAGUGUGAUAGUGUCACAAAUAAAUUCCAAAAACUAUUGGAUAUAACCGAAGAGGAAAUAGUCAACAAUGAUUUGGAUGAGGCGGUGCCGGAAUUUGCAGCGACCAGCAAUGUCUUCCGCCUUGAUCUGCCCAAAUACACUGUACCUUAUGGACGCAAAAUUGAACCCUGUGAAAUACCCGAGAAUGUUGAUGUUGGCUCCUGCUUGGGUAUAUUUAUAUCAGAGAUCCACAACCCCUUCCGCUUUUGGUUUCACAUACACAAAGAGAAUCAUGAACUCGAUUGUCUAAUGCAUCAAAUGGAACGUUAUUAUGGUACGAUGACGCCACAAGAAUUACGCAUACCAAUUGCAUGCCUCAAUCCUGGACAAUUUUGUGCAGCUGCCUUUAAUGAAAUGUGGCAUAGGGCAGAAAUUGUUGCCGCACCGGUUAAUAAUAAAAUUAAGGUUUCAUUUAUUGAUUAUGGCACCGUAUGUGAUGUUGAUAUUUGUGAUAUUAAAUAUUUGGGACAAUGUUUUUCACAAUUGCCAGCCCAGGCACUGAGAGGUUCUCUAUCGAAUAUAAAGCCUAGGGGUUUACACUGGAGCCAUGAGGCCACAAUACAUUUCCUAUCAUUGGUAUCCGAGAAAAUGCUCUAUGCCAAAAUUACAGAAAUUGAUAGAGAGAAUUCGGUAUUCUAUAUGAUCCUCUGUGAUACACACGAUGAUGAGGUGUUGCAAAUCAACAAAAAUAUGGUUGAAAUGAAAUAUGCUCUCUACAAUGAAGAUUGGCAGGAAACCAAAAUUGAAAAGAACAAUGGUCAUCGCACGCAUCAUCCCCGUGAAGACUUUCCUACGUUUGCCAUGAUUGAAUCUGGUGAAUAUCCAACAUUUACUGAAUUAUUGGAACUCAAAGAAAAGGGUAUCGAUUAUGAGCUUAUCUAUGAUCGGAUUAUAUUCAAUAAAUGUGCAAUUCUAAAUACCUAUGAUAAUGUUCCGGAACCAAUAAGGAAAUUGCCAUUUUUUCUAUUGACGAAUAAUCCAUUUCGUGCUGAUAUUGUUUUGCAAUUGACAUCUGCGGAUAUGAAAUCAACAACCUGUGCUAAAUAG